UUGUAAUGAAACUGGCAUGUUGCCAUUGUUUUAGUGGGAAUUGUAGUUUAUAAUAUUUUUACUUCGUUGUGACAUCUGUUUUGUGAUGUAGCUGCAAUUAGUCCUUAAGUAUGUAAUUCUUGAAUACCGAUGCUUGUCUGGGAUUUUUAAUUACGCGAUUCCAAGAUGUAUUUAAUAACUACAGCGCAGAGUGAUUUCUACAUAGAAUGACGUGUCUAUUUCGUAAUAUACAGUCGGAUUUAUACUCGAACAGAUGCAGAUAUUUCUUUUGCCUUCUGUGGAAGGUUGGGCACCGGGCUGGCAACUCAACACUGUAAAACUCCACUGCCAAUCAUGAGCAGACAAGGUGGUCUGCUGUGGUGACCCCUAACCGGGAAAAGCCGAAAGAAGAAGAAGAUGGAGAUAUUUCUUUCAGCGGGCAUUCCCACAGACCACUAGAGGGGUCUUAAAGGACCACUUCAUUGACAAUGUCACAGAAACUGUUCAAGGAAGAGUUUGUUAGUCACUUAAAUGGAACUAGUUUGGGUGAAAUUUCACUGGGCUUAAGUCUUCCUCCGCUGUGCUUGAUGUUUCGAGGCUUGGUGCUGAUAUCGCUAUGUAUGGAGAACCAACUACUUGGUUGUUCGUGGUUUGUCCACCUGCUCUUUGACUUCACUGUGUUGGUAGCACCUCUUGUGUUCUCGUGCACAGUUUUUAGUGGCUUUCUUAUUCUUUUUCCAGUGGGCUUGAUUGCAUUAAAUACAACACUGUUAUUACAGUUAUACAACACAAGGAGGCCUGUUGUACCUGUGCGUUCCAAACAUAUAAUUGAUGAAUUUUUAAACUGUAAGUUAGAAGCUGAACAUAUCCCAUCAGUAACUGUAUUCAGAGUUUCCAUCAAUAUGCUAACUGCAGUCAGCAUUCUGGCUGUUGACUUUGUAUCAUUUCCCCGAAGAUAUGCCAAAACAGAAUCAUAUGGGACAGGAGUUAUGGAUUUUGGUGUGGGUGCAUUUGUUUUUGCAAAUGCCCUUGUUUGCCCUGAAGUUAGAAGAAAAAACACACAGUGCUCGCAAUCUAAGGAAGUUAAUGUGGUAAAACAGUUAAUAUCUGUUUGGCCUUUCAUUUUGCUUGGUGUGGGACGACUUAUCACUGUCAAGGCAGCCGAUUAUCAUGAACAUACAUCAGAGUAUGGUGUGCAUUGGAAUUUCUUUUUUACCUUGGCAGUAGUCAGGGUGGCAUCAUCUUUACUUUUAACACAUUUUUCAGUUAAUAGAUCAGGGAUGCUGUCUGUGAUAAUUGCAGUGUUUUAUCAGAUAGUACUUCAGAGCACUGAGUUGAAGAUGUUUAUUCUGCAUGGUAACACUGACGAUGUGUCUAGGACUGGUUUUUUAAAUGCAAACCGUGAAGGGAUAUUCUCUGUCAUUGGAUAUGUUGCCAUUUAUAUGGCUGGCAUUCAAGUGGGUCUGUUUGUCCUGACAAAGAGAAUCACUGUGAAAGACUGGAUCCCGGCAAUAUGUUGGCUUAUGUUUGGCAGUUUUGCACUAUUCACACUUCUAUGGGUGGUGCAAAUUUAUAUAGAACCAGUGUCCCGUCGGAUAGCUAAUCUGCCAUUUUGUAUAUGGAUAGUUGCACAGAGUUUAUAUUUUUUAUCAUUUAUAUUACUUCUGGAUCUUGUUUUACUGUUUGCUAAACUUCUUUCAGGGGGUUCAGUAGUACCAUCUUCUUGGAACAUUUCACAUUCCUUUAAUUUAACACAAAGAAGGAUCAGUAACCAAAAGUUUAAACCUUUUAUUCAAGAAAGGAAUGCAUCUAACUGUUGCCUUUUUGAAGCCAUUAAUAGAAACCAACUUCUGUUCUUCUUGCAGUCUAAUGUUAUGACUGGUAUUGUUAAUAUGUUGACUGAUACUAUAAACACUAGUACUGCAUUUUCCAUUUUUAUACUGCUGUUGUAUAUGUUUUGUAACAGUUUUAUAAUGUAUGUUUUACACAUGAGGAAAAUUACUAUUAAGUACUGGUAAAAGGGGUCAGCUGCAUUGGUGCAGAGGGCUAAAGUCUUGACUAUGAUCCAGGUGAACUGUGUUCAGUCUGUGGCUUGGACAUCUGUUGGAGAUAGCUUAGAGAUGAUGGGAGUGUCUUUCCGGAUUAGGGUGGGGUGGGGUAUCAGGGUGAGAGAAAGUUGUAGAUUGCCACAAUCAUUUGAAGGAGGGGAGACAAUGCAGAUGUGAUGGGGGUUUGUUUCACCGAGGUGUUGCUUGGUGGUAACAUUCAACAUGUAUGCAGGGAAGCAUGCAUUUAUGGGAAGCCAUAGUGGCUCCAUCAGUGGUGGAGGUCUUGCAUUCCCCCUCCAUCCAGGGGCUGGGCUUACAAAACUCCUGAUGACAGUAUUUUCACCUAUGAAGAACAAAUGAGCUAGCCCAGAUUAUGGAAGGGAUGAAGGUUGGUAAACCACAGGAGAGAAAAAGGACAGAAAAUGAUAUUGGUGACUGUGAAAAAAUAUGUAUUUUUAAUAUAAUGCAAUCAUGUUUUUCAAGUAGCUAUUAAGAUUAUGAUUGAAUAUUUACAAAAUGUAGUGUAAUUUUGCACAGUGGGUUGUUAAGGCUUGGGAUUGUCUGCUGUUGUACCAUAGAACAAAAAUAUGUUAAAUAAAUAUGAGAUAAAAUCACA